AUCACCGGAGAGAGAGGUACCUCAACCUCAUGUAGCAGAGGGAUGAACGAAGCUCCGUUCAUCUCUCUUCCAAUCUACACUGCCGCCACCACCACCGCCGCCCCACCAUCCACAAUGUUCGAACCUAUCAACACUUCCCAGGCUGCACCCGUCGUCAAGCGCAACAAGAAUCCACAACCUCCGCUUACUAUACCUGCUGGCUGCAUCUGCUUCCGCCUCUUAUGCCACGACUCUCGCAUUGGCGGCGUCAUCGGAAAAUCCGGUGUUAUCAUCAAACAGCUGCAACAAGACACGUCAGCGAAGAUUCGUGUUGAGGACCCGCCGCCGGGCUCCGACGAUCGUGUUAUCUCCGUCGUCGCUAACUGCUCCGUCAAUAGAACAAUGACGUUUGACGAAGAAACUAAUCAACAAAACAAUGGUUAUGUAGAAAGUAGCGAGUAUCGAGAGGUUUCGGCUGCACAAGAGGCGUUAGUUAGGGUUUAUGAGAGAAUUUUGAGUGUUGCUGCCGAGACUGAUGGAGGCUAUUUUGCUCCUGGGGGUAUUGUUUCUUGUAGAUUGCUUGCGGACACGGCUCUUGUUGGGUCUGUGAUCGGGAAAGGUGGGAAGGUGGUCGAGAAAAUCAGGAAAGAUACUGGGUGUAGGAUCAGAAUAUUUGGUCAAGAUAGGUUGCCCCCUUGCGCCAUGCCCACGGAUGAAAUGGUUGAGAUUGAGGGUGAUAUUUUGGCCAUUAAAAGGGCACUUGUUGCCAUCUCUCGUCGUCUUCAAGAUUGUCCCUCUUCUGAUAAAGCAAGGAUGGUUUUCGGCAGACCGCCCUAUGGGGCUACUAGGGAAACCACAUUACCAAACGGGCAUAUGGAUUUCUCUCCGGCAAGAAAUCUUGUCUCCGAAGCUACACCAACUAGCUCUGCUAAUCAUCGGCCAUGGGAAACCACAUUACCAAACGGGUAUAUGGAUUUCUCGCCAGGAAGAACACCCAUCUUAGAACCCACACCAGCCAGCUCUGCUAAUCAUGCUAUAGGAGGUCGGCCUCUUGUAUCAUCGGAUGCUGAAAUUGCUCCUUCAGUGGACUUCAGAAACCCUCAAUCUCAGUAUGAAAUAGUUUUUCGUAUCCUCUGUUCAACCGAUAGGGUAGGCGGUGUGAUAGGCAAAUCAGGGACAAUCGUUCGGGCCCUUCAAAAUGAAUCGGGUGCUUCUAUAGUAGUUGAAGCUCCAACAUCUGAUUGUGAUGAUCGGUUAAUCACUGUUACUGCUAUGGAGAGCCCAGAGUCACAGAACUCGGCUGCACAAAACGCUAUCAUUCUUGUUUUCAAUAGGUCUGUGGAGGCUGGCUACGAGAGGGGGUUGGACUCACCGUCAGCAAGAACGCCUAUUUCGGCUAGACUUUUGAUUAUGCCCAACCAAAUUGGUUGCCUGUUGGGCAAAGGUGGUUCCAUAAUCGCAGACAUGAGAAAGGUAACUGGUGCUGUGAUAAAGAUAGUUCCAAUCCACCAAGUCUCAGGAUGUACUUCGGAGGCCGAUCAAGUAGUUUUGAUGACAGGAGAGUUUGUAAAUGUACGAGAUGCUUUGUACAGUGUGACUGGCAGGCUGCGAAACCACCUCUUCUCCACUCGAAUGUAUAAUGGCCCUAAAACCAGGAGCAGUUAUGGACAAGGACAAGGAGUUGGUCAUUCCAUGGCCACUCCUCAACAUCUAAAUCAGCAUACAAGUUUAACGCAGAGUAUGGAUAAUCUUAGGCCCUUCAGUAAUGUCGAUCAUCCUUCAUCCUCCAGGCCAUGGGAAUCUCAAGCAGGAGCUGUAAAUCCGAUGAAAGGAAAGGACGUUGACAGAGGAUCAACUUCCGCUAAAGGUGGCAUUGAACUUGGCAGAGGAGGUAGAUCUGCCAUUGUAAGAAAUACGACUGUGGAAAUUGUGGUUCCUGAAAAUGUCAUUGGGUCGAUUUAUGGGGAGAAUGGAAGCAAUCUGACUCGUCUAAGACAGAUUUCGGGCGCAAAGGUCGUAGUGCAUGAACCUGGGUCAGGAACGACCGACCAUACUGUUAUCAUAUCCGGUACACCUGAUGAAACACAAUCAGCUCAGAGCCUUCUUCAAGCAUUCAUACUUGCUGACCAACAAUGACCAACAAGUUUUCUGAAGAUUUACGGCCGAUGACAUUCUUUCAGGAAAGCGAUUGUAAUACUUUGAACGUCAUGGGUUUGUAUAACGUUGGCUUUUUUCCUUUUGUGGUUUCAGAAAAUGAUAAGUGUUAGGAGUUGGUUGUCAGGUUU